CCGAUCUGUAUUCCAUCAGUCAGAUAUUUCAAGCUUCAACAGAACAGAAUCGCCAUGCCCUCUAGAGCAGACAUCACCUACUUUGGUGCAGGCCCGGCCUUGCUGCCUACUGACGUCCUUGAGGACGCUGCCAAGGCCCUGGUCAACUUUGAAGAUACUGGUCUAGGCAUCGCCGAGCACUCGCACCGCUCGGCCAUUGCUACCACCAUCAUCAAUGAGGCUAAGGCCGAUCUGGCCUCCUACCUUGACAUUCCCGACGACUACGAGGUCCUCUUCAUGCAGGGCGGUGGCUCGGGAGAGUUCUCUGCUACGGCGUAUAACCUUGUCGGCAACUGGGUUGCUCGCAAGCGUAACGAGAUUGGGUCGGAUGAUGACAGCGCAGUCCCGGAGCUCAAGGCGGCCGUGAAGAAUCUCAAGAUCGACUAUAUCGUCACUGGUGGCUGGUCGCAAAAGGCAGCGGCGGAAGCUGAGCGACUCUUUGGCUCCGAGCACGUCAACAUCGUGGCGGACAGCCGCAAGACAAAUGGCGGCAAGUUUGGAACCAUCCCGGAUGAGAGUACCUGGAACCUGUCUCAGGACGCUGCCAUGGUCUACUACUGCGACAAUGAGACCGUCGAUGGCGUCGAGUUCCCCGGGUUCCCCAAAUCCCUCGAGCCGGGGCCCAAUGGACCAAUUGUUGUUGCCGACAUGAGCUCCAACAUCCUUUCAAGGAAGAUUCCGGUUCGCAACUUCUCGGCUAUCUUCUUCGGUGCCCAGAAGAACCUUGGAUCGACCGGUGUGACUGUCGUCAUCAUCAAGAAGAGCCUCCUGCCGCAGCCUUCCGCGGCCUUGAUGAGACAACUGGGUCUGCCGAUUCCGCCUCGUAUCCUCGAGUAUGCGGCUAUUGCCAAGAGCAACAGUCUCUACAACACACUCAGCAUCUUUGACGUGUACAUCGCGGGCCGGGUUCUGAAGAGGCUGCUGCAACAACACCCUGACAAGGUCCAAGGUCAGCAGGCCAUAUCUGAACAGAAGGCUCAACUCAUCUACAAGGCCCUCGAGGCCCACCCUGAAACCUACAGGAUCGUGCCGGACAAGACGGUGCGGUCUCGUAUGAACAUCUGCUUCAGGAUCAAGGAUGGCGAUGCCGCCGAGGAAGCCUUCUUGAAGGCGGCUGCCGCCCAGGGGCUGACCGGGUUGAAGGGCCAUCGUGACGUGGGAGGAAUCCGGGCGAGCAACUACAACUCGGUUCCUCUCGAGGGUGCGGAGAAGCUUGCCAAGUUUAUCGAGACUUUCGCGUCGCGGUAGGGGGGUGUCGAUAAGAGAGAGGCCAUCUUCGCUAACGAGUCGGGAUACGGUAACCAAAAACGAUGUUAUGGCACGAGUAGAGGUUAUCAUGGCGGCUGCUCAGUAGUAGCUAAAAGAGAAUCGUUGGCGCUUUAUCCGUCAAGUUUACGCAGGGUUCAACGCUGAUAGGUAGAUAUACGUUACCGUCAGUGAUCGGUUUAGCUCUCGGUCACAAUCGUUGAUCAGUGUCUGUUUCUCGCCUUGUUUCUGCCCCAAGGGUUUCGGCUCGUAAAGAGCUGUACUCCGU